GCUAAGCGCGCCGCGGAAGAGUGGCUCAAACCUUGCGAUCCGGAGUGGUCACAGAUUCGUCUCCUGGAUGCAGAAAAGGGCUACGAGAGACUCGGAAGGUAACUGCCAACAUUCUCUCGAAAAAAACUUUUGAUAUUGCUCCGUCUGUUUCAUAA